AAUGGCUAGGCUGGAACUGGAAUUACUUAACAUCAAAAAGGAGAUGGGUCAUUUUAAGAAAAUUGACGAAACAUUGAAUAUAAUUAAAGAUGGACUAAAGGACCAUGAGACCCGAAUUACAGAUAUUGAGGAUACAAUGGAAACCUUGAAGGAUAAUUAUCUGAGGCAAGAAGAUGCGGUGGCAUUACUGGAAUAUGCCCAGAAGGAAAAUACACUGAGAAUAAGAGGACUAUCAGAGGCUGAGGAUGAAAUAUUAUCUAAGCGGCUUAUGCCAAUGCUGCAAGAGGUUUGGGACCUCGAAGAAGAUGAUGCCAUAAGGGAAAUCGAUCAGCUGUACCGUGUUAAUUCAAGAGCGGCUCAUGACAGGAAAUUACCAAGGGAUAUCAUCAUGCACUGUGUGAGAAAAAGCCUAAAGGACCAAAUUCUAAGAUACCACUCGAGGCAACCCCUCAAAAUAGAAGGGAAAACAUUGAUUAUAAUGAAGGAAAUCCCACAAUCGAUCCAGAGGCGGAGAAAGGACUACAAAUGUUUGACAGACACACUUAGGAGAAACAACAUCGUAUACCGCUGGAUCAUUCCUGAAGGGGUUUCCUUCGUUUGGAGUGGAAAGAGACUGAACAUUGCCACGGUUCAAAGGGCGCAGGAAAUUUCCCACAAGCUGAAAAAAGCCAUCCAAGAAAAAGGAAACAGCCAGGAUUGUGAUAGCACGGCACUGGAAAUCAGACCAUUUACCCAAGAUCGAGGAGUGGAGGGAGAAGGUGCAAACCUUAUAUGCAAUGGACAGACUUUCAUUUCAGAUCAGGGAGCUACCGUCGGAAGAAUAUCUACAAACCUGGAUGCCAUGGACAUUGUAUCAGUCAAAUAACUACAAUAUCAAAAUCUCUCCAAUAGAAUACUGACUAUGCUAGAAAUCCUCUCUUUUAUGUGCUAGAAAGAUUCUAGACUGAAAUGAAGAAAGAACUGUGAAUUUUCUUUCCUUUUUGGAUUUGUGAUUAAGUUUUGAUUCUCUUUAUAAAUAGAUGGAAUUUAGAGUCGUGAAGACAAUGAAGUACACUGA